UUUAGAAAGAAAGCCAGUAAAGAAAGAAAGUGAGUGAUACGCCCAAAGAAAGAAGGAUCAAGUAAUGUAAUCUCUGACGCCAACACCAAAACCUAACGCUCUCUACGUUGAAUUUCUUCCGUUUCAUUCAAUUCAAAACGCUAUUUUUUUGUCAAUUCUCUCUCUAAACUUCAAUUUGCACCUUUCAAUUUUGAACUCUAUCUGAGAUCGAUCGGCCAAAAAUUUCAGAUUAAGAUUAUGAUUUGGUGGUUUUAAUCUACAAGAAUAAGUGUGUGAAUGCUAAAAUGAGCUCGCAAAGGCAGCAGGUCACAGUUCGUGACCUAGUCGACGAAGCAAAGAAACGGAUUGUGUUCUUGAUUAUUUGCGUUAUUGGAUUGUCAUAUCUUUUGUCUUUGACAAGCUCCUCUGUUUGGGUCAACUUGCCUGCUGCUGCCUCUUUAAUAGUACUUCUUCGUUAUUUCUCUCUAGAUUAUGAAAUGAAAAGGAAAGCUGCCACAUACAACAUCAAAUCUUCCUCGGAGAAUCUUGUGUCUCAAAACAAUACUUCAGAGCAUACUAGAGUUCGUGAUACGUCUACCUGGAGGAAAAAAGUGAAUUGUCCUGUUGCUGAGGAUGCAAUUGAUCAUUUUACUAGACAUUUGAUUUCAGAGUGGGUGACAGAUUUAUGGUACUCCCGUUUGACACCUGAUAAAGAAGGACCUGAGGAGCUGGUACUGAUCGUAAAUGGUGUUUUUGGGGAACUUUCAAGUCGCAUGAGGAAUAUUAAUCUUAUUGAUCUUUUGACAAGGGACCUUAUUAAUCUUGUCUGCACCCAUUUGGAGCUUUUUCGAGCUAGUCAAGCAAAGAUCAAAAAGCCUCCUGAAUUACUGUAUAUUGAACAGCGAGACAAGGAACUGAGAGCUGUCUUGGCUGCUGAGAAUAGAUUGCACCCUGCUUUAUUUUCUGCUGAAGCAGAGCACAAGGUUUUGCAGCAUGUGAUGGAUGGCCUCAUUUCUUUUUCUUUCAGACCAGAAGAUUUGAAGUGCUAUUUCUUUCGUUUUAUAGUGAGGGAACUUCUCGCUUGUGCUGUAAUGCGGCCGGUCUUAAACUUAGCCAGUCCACGAUUCAUAAAUGAAAGGAUUGAAAUUUUGGUUCUUUCAAAGGCUAACAAAGGUGUUGCUGCUGCACAAGAGGCAUCAAAAUCUAAGCCCAAUGGGUCUUCUAAGAUUUCAUCCGAUCAAUUCUGUAGAAUUUUAGAUCCUACUGCUAUUGGUGUUGAACUUAUGCAAUUAAAAACUAAUCAAUCUGAACCUAAAAUGGAUAAUGGAAAUCGAAGUUAUAAAUCAAAAGAUCCAUUGCUAUCCAUUGACACUCGUUCCACCCGUUCAUGGAGCUCAUUGCCGACAAACUCCCAAAGUAAUGAUGAAGAAGAGAUUCAACGACAUUGUUCAGGAGAAUGGGGUGAGAGGCUGGACGUGUUUUCUAAGAGAAAGACUGCAGCCCUUGCCCCAGAAAAUUUUGAGAACAUGUGGGCAAAAGGAAGAAAUUACAAAAACAAAGAUGGACAAAAUCAGUCAACUGAGCAUGUCCCAAAUAAUUUGCUUGGGCAUAAGACUGUUCCAGUGGAUAACUUAAAAGUGUCAAAACCCAAGGAAACAUAUGGCCUAAACAAAUGUGAUGCUACCCUUGCGCACAAUGGUCAGAUUUUACGUCCCGACAACGAUAAUGUACGUAACUCACACCAUCACACAGAUCAGAACUCGUUGGACCAAUCUGUAUGGGGUUCAUACGGUGAAGAUGAUGUGGAAGGUUUCAUGCAUGUGGAUCAGGCUGAAUCAGGAAAUGCUAGUCUUUGUACUUCCGAAGAAGAAGAUCCUAGCAGUGUCACAGGUCUUGAUGAUCCUGUAACAAAAGUUUGGGAUCGCAAAACAAAUAGGAAUCUGGUUGUUUCCCCUAUCCAUCAUCCACUUGAAAAUGCACAACACCAUGGUACAAAGAAGAUCAUUAGAGCGCAAGCUCACAAUGAAAGAAUGCCAAGGUCUCAGUCUGGCAGAAAAAGGUUAAGAUCAAGCACUCAAAAGGCGCAUACUUGGAAGGAGAUUGAGAGGACUAGCUUCUUGUCUGGAGAUGGACAAGAUAUACUUGGCUCCAAAGGCCAUGGAAAAGCUGAUGAUUAUACUGAUGAUUCUGAGGUUGAAGGUUUGGAUAGAGUUUAUAGUGGAGCAACAGCCUGUUCAUCUGCAGUUUCUAUUUCAAUUCCAGAAAAUUAUAUUUCAAAUGGUACCUCAGUCAAAAAUCCAUUGGUGGUGGAGUCAUUUUUUAAGUUGAGAUGCGAGGUACUGGGUGCAAAUAUUGUGAAGAGUUCCUCUAGAACUUUUGCUGUUUAUUCCAUUUCUGUCACAGAUGUAAAUAAUAACAGUUGGUCAAUCAAACGAAGGUUUCGACAUUUUGAGGAGUUGCACCGGCGUCUCAAAGAGUAUCCAGAGUAUAAUCUUCAUCUUCCACCAAAGCAUUUUCUCUCAACUGGUCUAGACAUGCAUGUCAUUCAAGAACGGUGUAUAUUACUGGACAGAUAUCUAAAGAAGCUCCUGCAACUUCCUACAAUUUCAGGAUCUAUUGAAGUCUGGGACUUUCUUAGUGUUGAUUCUCAGACGUAUGUCUUCUCAAAUUCAUUUUCUAUCAUUGAAACAAUAUCAGUUGACCUUGGUGACAAGCCGUCUGAUAAGAGUCGAAAGGUUUCAAAUUUCUCCGGGGCCGAUGUCACUUCCUUAACCACCAAGAGGGAGCAGUUAGGCACAGAACACAAGCAAUCUGCAGCAGAGAUGAAACGUAAUCUUGUUGCAGAUAGUGUUAGGAUGAGUCCAAAAAACAUUUCCCAUUCCACAGUUGGAAAGAUCGGUAAAGAGUCUGUACCCAGAGAUUCAGAUACUCAAAAGAACUCGUCAGUGGGGAAUAUAGGGAAUACUCUAAAAGCACGACUUGCUGAUGGUGUAGCACAGUCAUCAGAGUCUUUUGAUGAUGCUUCUACAGAUUCUACCCUUCCUGCAGAGUGGGUGCCGCCACAUAUAAGUGCCCCUAUAUUAGAUCUGGUAGAUGUCAUUUUCCAGCUACAGGAUGGUGGAUGGAUCAGGAGGCAAGCAUUUUGGGUGGCCAAACAGAUCUUACAAUUAGGAAUGGGUGAUGCUUUAGAUGAUUGGUUGAUAGAGAAAAUUCAGCUUCUGCGCACAGGGUCAGUGGUUGCUUCAGGGAUCAAACGGGUCGAGCAAAUUUUGUGGCCUGAUGGGAUAUUUAUUACAAAACAUCCAAAGAGAAGACAAUCAGCCACCACUAAUGCAUCCUGUAAUUCACCUCAUGGCCAGCAUGCCAUGGGUGUAUCUUCACCUAAGUUGAGUUCACCUCUUGCUCAGCAACCUUCAGAAGAAUCUUCACCUAGACUGAGUGACAACCAGGUAGAACAGGAAGCAGAUCGACGUGCCAAAUUUGUAUAUGAGCUAAUGAUUGAUAAUGCACCAGCCGGUAUAGUUAGUCUUGUUGGUCGAAAGGAGUACGAACAAUGUGCAAAAGAUCUGUAUUUCUUUCUGCAGUCGUCAGUUUGUAUGAAGCAGCUCGCUUUUGAGCUAGUCGAGCUUCUACUUUUGUCUGCAUUUCCAGAACUAGAUAACGUCUUCAGGCAGUUGCAUGAAGAAAAACAUAAAUUCGGUGAAUUUAAGACGAACUAGUAGCGACGGAAAUUCCAUCCGGUACAAUUUUUGAUGUAUAGUGAAAGUGUGUGUUGCUCACAAUUUGUUACUCUUGUGGUAUUGGAAAAGCUAAAUUGGUUAAUGGUGUCAAAGAUGAUCAAUUGACACCAUUAGUUUUUGAUUGAGUUGGAAUUUUGAGGAAGUUGUAUGUAAAUGUGAGAGUAAAGAAAAGAAAAUGAAAUGAAAAGGUUUCUUACCUUAAA